CAGGAAUUGGGCAAAGGUUAGGGAACUUGGGCGUAGCCUUGUGCUUUCUGCAGCUCUGCUGGGUGCCGUGAGGGACCUCUCUGUCGCUGGUACUCCAUUGGAGAAGAACCCCUGGGGGCUGCCUGCUGUGUCCUCCAGUCCGUGACAAAAGUGCAGGCUCUGCGCCCUGCCCAAGGUGCUGCUGGCUGUGGCUAUUUGUGCCCAGGCCCAGGGGGACUCCUUCCCCAUCUGCCUGUGGUGCCUGCAGCCCCUUGGUCCCCUCUCUCUUCUGCUCCUGCUCCUGCUCCCGCUGCAGCACAGAUGGGGCUCUCCUGUGUCUGCAGCCACCCCAGACUCACCAGCUAUGCCAGUGGCCUCCUGAUUUCCUUCGUCACUCUGCUCGUCCUCUGGCUGAGCUCAGCCCAGCUCAGAGUGGUGGGACCAGACCAGCCUCUCACUGCCACUGUGGGGCAGGAUGUCGUGCUGCCCUGCCACUUGUCCCCUCAACGCGAUGCUCGCAGCUUGGAGGUCAGGUGGAUCCGGGACAAGUUCUCUGAGACAGUGCACCACUACCACAAUGGAGAGGACCUGUACAAGGAGCAGAUAGAGGCAUAUGCCGGGAGGACAGAGUUGCUCAGAGAUGGUCUCUCUGCUGGAAGCCUGGACUUGCGAAUCAUGGGGCUGAGGCCCUCUGAUGAUGGCCAGUACAUCUGCAUCGUGAAAGAUGGUGAUGCUUAUGAUGAAGCAACGGUGAAUCUGGAGGUGUCAGCCCAGCUCAGAGUGGAGGGACCAGGCCAGCCUGUCACUGCCACCGUGGGGAAGGAUGUCGUGCUGCCCUGCCACUUGUCCCCUCAACGCGAUGCUCGCAGCUUGGAGGUCAGGUGGAUCCGGAAUGAUUUGUCUGAGACAGUGCACCACUACCGCAAUGGAGAGGACCUAUACAGGGAGCAGAUGGGGGCAUAUGCCAGGAGGACAGAGUUGCUCAGAGAUGGUCUCUCUGCUGGAAGCCUGGACUUGCGAAUCACGGGGCUGAGAACCUCUGAUGAUGGCCAGUACUUCUGCACUGUGAAAAAUGCUGAUGCUUAUGAUGAAGCAACGGUGGAGCUGGAGGUGUCAGCCACAGGUGCUGACCCCCACCUCUCCCUGGGGGGCUACGAGGCCGGAGGUGUCCGGGUGCUGUGUCGAUCGGCCGGCUGGUACCCGCUGCCGCAGCUGCUGUGGAGGGAUGCUCGAGGGCAGCACCUGCCCUCGGUCUCCCAGACACAUUCCCAGGACCAGGAGGGGCUCUUUGAAAUCGAAGGCGCCGUCAUUGUGACCGGGAGCAUGGAGGGGCCCUUGUCCUGUGUGGUCAGGAGCAGCCGCCUGCAGCAGGAACGGGAAUCAUCCCUGCACAUCUCAGCUCCCUUCUUCCACAACGCCCAGCCCUGGAUGGUGGCUCUGGCUCUGGUCCUCGUGCUUUUGGCUGUGUCCAUUGGCCUCGGUGUUUAUCUCUUUCGAAAGCAAGCGACACUGAGACUAGAGUUGGAGAAACAAGCUGUAGACCUGGCGAAAGAACAUGCAAUGCUUGAGAAAAAAGCUGCAGAGCUGGCAUGGAGAAAGUUUCUGCUGCCUCACAAUACAGUGAAGGUGACCCUGGAUCCGGACACGGCUCAUCCCCAGCUCGUCCUGUCAGAGGACCACAGGAGAGUAAGAUUUCAAAGUGAACAGCAGCAGUUACCUUACAGCCUGGACAGAUUUGACAGUUGGUGCUGCGUGUUGGGACGUGAGGAGUUUGAAGAGGGGAGGCACUGCUGGUUGGUGGAGGUGGAGGGGAAGAUGGAUACGUAUUCUUGGUGGGGUGUGGGGGUGGCUUGGGCUUCUGUGACCAGAACUGGCUUUUACAAAAUGACUCCUGAAGAAGGGAUCUGGGCUGUGCGGUAUCAACAAGGACAACUCAAAUCUCUGACGUUACCUCGCACGCCCUUGUCCCUGUCCUCUAUCCCCAUGAGAAUCUGGGUCUGUCUGGACUGUACCCAGCAGCAGGUGUCUUUUAUCAACGCUGACAACGGCGUUGAGAUCUUUAAGUUCCCAGCAGCCAACUUCGAUACAAAGCCCAUCCGCCCCUGGUUUCUGGUGUGGACAGAGGGAUUUCAGCUGUGCCUGAGGGAAAGCACCCCCCACACCACGUCCACAGCCCAGGGGAGCUCCUGUGAUUCUCCAGCCACUCCUGCAUCACCUCUCCUUGGUUCUGCAGGAGCAGCACAGGAAUGAGGGGCAGUGGGGCCAGGGGCUGCCCUGUGUUCCUCCCUGCUGCUGGAGGAGAGCUGGGAUGCUGCCAGAAAGGGCCAGACCCUUUGCAGCCCCUG